AUAAUGGGUAAGAAGGCUGCUCCUAAAUAAUAAGUGAAUAAAAAAGCUGUAAUAAGAAGAACAAGAACUAUUUAGGCUUUAAUAGAAGGCAAUGAAAAUAUUGUACACUAAAAAUUGGGUUAAACUAGAAGUUAAAGUAAUGGUAAAUAUCUUCUUUAUUAGAUAGGUGUUUAAUAAAAGAAGAUAAAUAAGUAGACUUAAUAAGCAAAUUAGAAAAAAGUAGUUACUGAAAAAGGAAAGAGUGUGCCUAAAUAGAAUUCAAAAUAAAAAGAAGAGAAAUAACCAAUUAAAGAUGAUACUAAAUAAAAAAAAUAAGCUGAGGUUUAAGAUAAUAAAAAAGAUACAGAAACAAAAUAGAAUGUUAAACAAGUAUAAAAAAAAGUUAUAAGUAAAAAAUAAAUUUCUCAAAAAAAAAGUACACCAAAAAAAGCUCAAAUAAAAGUGAAUGUAACUAAAAAAGUGAGUUAAAAGAAAAAUGAAAAAGAAGUUAAUAAAAGUGAAAAAAAGGAAGGAGAAAAAUCUGAAGUAAAGAAUAAUGAAAAAAUGGAAAAACAAGUAAUAGAUAAAUCUGAGAAAAAAGAUGUAGAAGAAUCAGAUAAGAAAGUUAAUGAUAAAAGUGAGAAAAAGAUUAUUGAUAAAUCUGAAAAAAAGAGUGAAAAGAAAGGAAGAAGUGGAAAAAAAGAAUAAGAAUAAGAAUAAUAAUAAAAAUAAGAAUAAAAAUAAACAGAUAGUGCAAAGUUACCUAGAAGAACUGAGAGUAAAGCUGCAGCUGGAAUAGUUGAUGUAGUAUUUUGUGUAGAUACAACUUCAUCUAUGUCAAUGUAUUUAAAUUAAACAAAAGUAAAUAUGAUAUAUAAAAUAUAGAAUACUGUGAAAGAAAUAAUAAAAAAUAUUAAAAAUAAGGCUUAAAAUGAAGAUAUCAGUGUUAAAUUUGGAUUUGUUUGUUAUAGAGAUCAUCCUCCUUAAGAUCAUUCUUAUAUAACUAAGANUAAUUGA